UGUACAGGGAAUAAAUAUUCAGAGUCGCCUCUCAAAUCAGGAAGCUGAAGAUGUUCUGGAAACUGAGCUUGCUCUGUGUGGUCACCCUCCUGUCCACAGGGUGUGACUGCCAGCCUACCCAGAGUCCCCCUGCAUGUGGCAAAGCUCCUCUCAACACAAAGAUUGUGGGGGGAACAAACGCAUCUGCUGGCUCAUGGCCAUGGCAGGCCAGCCUUCAUGAGAGUGGCUCUCACUUCUGUGGCGGUUCGCUCAUCAGUGACCAGUGGAUCCUGUCAGCCGCUCACUGCUUCCCCAGCAAUCCUAAUCCUUCAGACUACACUGUGUAUCUUGGUCGGCAAAGUCAAGAUCUGCCCAAUCCGAAUGAAGUGUCCAAAUCGGUCUCUCAGGUCAUUGUUCAUCCAUUAUACCAAGGCUCAACCCAUGACAAUGACAUGGCCCUGCUGCAUCUCUCCUCACCGGUGACCUUCUCUAACUACAUCCAGCCCGUCUGUCUGGCAGCAGAUGGAAGCACAUUCUACAAUGACACAAUGUGGAUCACAGGCUGGGGAACCAUUGAAUCUGGUGUAUCCCUUCCUUCACCUCAAAUCCUACAGGAGGUGAAUGUGCCUAUUGUUGGAAACAACCUGUGUAACUGCCUUUACGGUGGUGGUAGCUCGAUAACAAACAACAUGAUGUGCGCUGGACUAAUGCAAGGAGGAAAGGAUUCCUGCCAGGGUGACUCCGGAGGUCCAAUGGUCAUCAAAAGCUUCAAUACAUGGGUCCAGGCUGGUGUUGUGAGUUUUGGUAAAGGUUGUGCUGACCCGAAUUAUCCUGGUGUGUACGCCAGAGUUUCUCAGUACCAGAACUGGAUCUCUCAGUAUGUCAGGGCUAGUUUCAUUCCUGUUGAUGUCAAUGCUCCAAUUCAGGAUGACAGUGAGACCUGUCCUACAAAACCGACCUUGUGUGGAGGCUCCGCCAGCGUAUAUCCAUGGAUGGCUGUUGUAUCUUUUAACGGUAGCCCAGAGUGUGUAGGAACUUUGGUGUCUGACCAAUUCAUCUUGACCUCUGCCAGCUGCUUUUCUGGAUUUACGGGUGUAAAUGGAUGGACUGCGACCCUAAGUCUCGCCAAUUGGUGGGACUGCUCCAGCUCAUCUGUAUCAUCUGAUGUAGCAAACAUUUUUUUUGACAGCGUUUCAGGCAAUGGGGUAGCACUUGUGCAGCUAUACACUCCAAUGUAUACCAUUGCCAAUUUACCCAUGGAUAUGUAUUAUUCAAGCUUUGGCCCUGGUGCUCAGUGUGCAGUAGCCAUUUUGAGCUCAUUCGACUCAUCUGGACUAUCUUUUCAGGAAUUGCAGACAACCAUUGUAAACUGUGAUCCUUCAGACAUCGGACACACCGAUGUCUGCACAGAGCCUGUCAAUGUUCUACAGAACGGCAGUCCCUUGUUGUGCAAUAAUGGCUACAUGUGGAUUCAGGCUGGCAUCUUGUCCGUUCCCCCUGGCAUUGAGAUGAACCCACAGAACUCAAAUAACACAGCCUUCAUGAGUACGGUUCCCUUCACCACCUUCAUCAUCAACACUCUCAACGAUGUCCCGGUAAUCUUCGGUGGGGCAGAGUCAUUCUCACCCCUCUCUCUCACCUGCACCAUUCUACUGUCUCUCCCUGCAGUCCUGCAGGCCAUGUUCUGAAAUAGGGUGUACUGACAUUUUAUCCUACCUGUCAGAUUAUGCUACCAACACUGUAUAUGAAUGGUUUGGAGGUUAAGGUGGGAUUGGGGUAGGUCACACUACUCCAAAAAAAGUUGCACUUGUAGUAUAAUCUGAUAGGUUGCAUAUACCGUCAUCUACUUUUUGAAUGUGGGGCAGAAAAAAUCUGACACAACACUGGCAUCAGCUUAAUGAAUACAAUAUGCAGUGCAUUAUAGGGACGUUAAGGCUGUUUUCUUUUGCAUUAGAACUAUACUGUAACUGUCAAACCUAAAUGUCGACCUAAAUGAAGUAAUUAAUGGAACCUUAACACUGUAAAAUCCUAAUAAAACAGAUAUGAUUGUUGAAUAUGAAA